GAAAAAGAAAGAGAGAGAAGAGAAUUACUAAUUUGCCACGCGCCUUGCUUCUUCGCUUGGCGAAGCAGAUGAUGCUCUGAAACGAAGCGAAGUCGCUGUCAAAACCCAGUCGAGAUCGAGGAGCAGCAUCAGAAGCUCCGCCAUGGUCGAAGAAGGUCCCAAGCUCUACACCAACAAACCCAAGAAAGCGCAGCUGAAGCAGAGCGGGAAGGAGUCCGCCGCCGCCGCCCCGCCGUCGUCGGCGGCCGCAGCGUCGUACGCGAUGGGGUCGCAGCCGCGGCCGCCCCCGCCGACGCCCCCCAAGGAGUCCUUCGCUCGCCGUUAUAAGUUCCUCUGGCCUCUGCUCUUGACUGCCAAUCUCGGCGUUGGAGCUUACCUGUUCAUGAGGACCACUAAGAAGGACAAAACCAUAACAGAGGAAGAAGAUUCCCAAGCUGUAUCCUCAACUCCAGUGUCGACUACGGUGACUACGACUACCACUGCUACUGAGAAACCUGUGCCUGUGCCAAUCAUCACUGAGCCUGUGAAACCACGAGAGCCAAUUCCGGAGGAUCAACAACGUGAACUCUACAAGUGGAUACUGGAGGAGAAGAGGAAGAUCAAACCAAAAGAUCGUGAAGAGAGGAAGCGCCUUGAUGAGGAGAAAGCCAUUCUCAAACAAUUCAUUCGUGCAAAGUCUCUCCCGCCCAUUUGAUAAGUCGCCUUGCUACUCGUCAUGCCGUGGGGCUAGUCGGACUAAGCAACCCUCUCGUUCAGAUGUCGAACUUUUGUUGCUCAAUCUGAAUGAACUUCAUGAUUGAAGAACUUAUUCUCGCGGACAUUGAAUCAUCAUCCUCUGGAGGGUAUUUUUCCUGGAAUUCAGUCAGUUCAUUUGCUUGUACAUGUUUUCUUUUGAAAAAUAUUGACGGUAAAGAGCUUUUCAAAUGGCCACAAGAAUCUCUAGUAUUGUAGGAGGCAGGAGAUAUAGCUGUGCCAUUUUUUUGUUUUUUC